CGAGAUUCGACCCUCACCCGACUGGUCCUCACUGUCUGUACUCUCUAAUGCCCAUCCGGUGAAGGUGAACACAAAACGCGCCUUAUCUCUCUUGUUACGGUUUUGUUGCCGCACCUGACCAAGUCAUGUCCGCUUUCACAUCAUACUAUGUCCCGCACGUCAUCUACUCGCUAGCCAUCACAUCACUAGGCAUGCACCUCCUCUCACAACGGAAGACCGCCGAGGCCGAACGGUUCCAGCUCGCGGCGCAGCUAUCUCUAUUAGAACCCACUGCGGCACGACUCCGGUCAGGGGAGCGGAUACCUUCGCAGGAGCUCGACAGGAUAACGAAGCUCGUGCGAAGUCACCGUGCAGGAACCUCAGAGCGGGAGGAGGGUAGCGGAGAGGAGAUCUCGUGGAGAGAGGUGAUGUUAGGUCGGAAGAAGGAUGCGCGUGAGGCAGUGGAGGAGGCGAGGAGGAAGCGGGCGGAGGAGUGGGAUAGGCGAGACUUGGAAGCCGUUCAAAAGGAAGUACGAUCGUCUGGCUCAUAGAAUUGAAGAAGGAUGCGCUUUGCAUACCCUAGCGGUGUUUGCGCUAGACUUCGUCGACGUCGAUAAGGAGCACUUUGCUGAAUCUCAGAGCCGUUAGGGAUCGAGUAACGUGGCUGCCCAAGAAUGAUAUCCAUGUGUGCACCAGUGGUUCGACUUAUUGCGACAGAGACUUACAGUGACUCGGAGCUGACUGCAGAAUCACAAUGUACACCGACUUGUGAAUGUCUUGCGCCAUUCUGUACACCUAUGAGGCCUGGAUGCUACUUGACAAUAGUGCCCAAACUGCUGCCGUGACCGAGUCUGUCGUGUGGAUCUCAGAACUUCCCCAGUGCUUGCUGUUGGAUUGCGGCGGAUGAGAAGAGUAGAGCUUUUUUGUAGUGUAUAAGGUUAUC